AUGUUGCCUCGCUUUGGAUUCAAGCACAAGACCGAUAUCAUACUAGAUAGUAAGUACUUACUCGGUCGACCGCAUCGUCCUGGUAGCAUCUACGCUCGAUGUUUGUAUGGAGCAGCGGUUUGUUUUGAGGACCGUGGACUGGUAGAUGCACCAGAAUGGAUUAAUAGUCAUGAGGUGGACUGCUUUCAAGCAUUAGAGAGAAGACGAUUGGGUGUGUCGAUUAUCUUGGAAGAAGAUAUCUGGCCUGAUCAUAUUGUUUGGUAUCGUAUCGUUGGUUCCUUCUCAGACUACGAACUAAAGGUCAUUCGCACGGCAGUGGAUCUCUACAGCAAAGCCGACAUUGAUGUGACGCUGCAAGAGUGCAAUCCAGUGUCAAAGUGUAAAGGAAAAUAUGUCAGUAUUGAACAGAAUGAAGACGCGUGUUACGGUAUGGUAGGGUAUGUCAACGACGGCAAACCACAGAUCAUGAACCUUGGCGAAAGCUGCUUUGAUGGUGGACCAGGCAAUGUUGUGCAUGAGAUUGGUCACGCUUUGGGGAUGUACCAUGAGCAUAUUCACCCGGAUAGACAAGUUGUCGUGCUAACGGACCAGAACCUGCCUGUAUCGCCUGAAAACUACGCCAAGACGAGUAGUCGUGAAGCGAUACUUAGGCCGUAUGACUCAAAGUCCAUUAUGCACUAUGGUCGCUCUGCCGGACUAUGUUUUCCCAAGGCACAGUACCCGCUCAAAUCGUUUUGUGAUGUAGAGACUGUCAAAAACUGCGUUCAACCGGUGGAGCAGCACUGCAAUUCAAGUCGAGAUUCAGAGAUUGGAACCCGCGCGGUGCUUAGUGCUGGAGAUAUUUACACUCUCCGCGCACUCUACGGCUCUAUUGAUAAUGGAACGGCACGGGACGUGAAGAUUCCUACCCUGGUUUCACCUACUGCUGCACGUGUUGGAGCCCCAGACUCCAUCUCUGACAUGAUCAUGCACAGACCUAAAUCAACUACAACUGUUGAAGAGCUCUCAUUAGCCGCGCAGCCUUUAAAUUACAAACCUGGGGAUGUUCACGAAAAUGGAAACCGUGAAACGGAUGGGUCAGUUGCGGGGGUAUUGGAGAGGUGGGAAAAUAUGGACACUGUGAAGAUUCAAACGAAGGCGUUUGUUGCAUCACCGAUGGUGCGUCCGUCGAUCGUUCAUAGUUAUCGCUAUCGAGUGUCUGCAUUGGAUCAAAACUUCUUUGAUACCUUCAGACUUUCGUCGACCUUCUUUGAUUUGGUUGGCACUGAAGUCCAGUACCUCCUUGGUUGA